CUCUUGCACGAUUACAAAAUAACAAAUUUAAUUAAGAUGGUGGGCAACAGAGGAAGAGAUCUCCUCCUCCUCCUCCUCCUCCUCAGGGCUCUCUUAUCGCUCUCCUCCUCCGCCAGUAUCCACGCUGCGAAGAUCAGUGUUUCUGCAGAUAUGCAAGACGAUUCGGGAAGAAACGUAGCACAUGCCGAGAGAAGAACCUUAAUAUUUGGAGGCCGCACCGGCGGAGGCGGAGGCGGAGGCGGAGGCGGUGGCAGCGCACGUGGCGGGGGCAGUGGAGGUGGCAGCAGCAGUGGCGGUAGCAGUGGCAGAUCAUUCGGUGGUGGUUUUGGUAGUGGAAGCAGCUCAAGAGGAUCACCUCGUGGCAGCGGCGGUGGCGGCGGGGGAAGAACACGCGGCGGCAUCAUACCGGUGGUGACAGGAGCGACCGACGACUCCCACGGGCAUCGAGAGCACAAUGCAGCAGCUACUGCUGGUUCUCGCGGCUGCUUUGUUGUGGCUUUUUUCUGCUGCUUUCUUGCUGCUGCUGCUGCUGCUGUUCUGAGGUUUCUGUAGGAUUUAGCCUGUCAUUACUUGGAUAUACUAGUGUUUCUUUUUUUCUUUUUUUGGUUUUGUAAAUAAGUGGAUAUAUGAUCAGUUUUGAUAGGUUAGAGAUGUAUACCAUUGUUUCCUUUGUUGGGAAACUUGAUGGUUUUGGUUAAUGCAUGGGUUAACAGACUAUAU